ACUUAUCUUGGAACGCCAAUCAUACCUAAAGACCCAAAUCCGGUGAUAAUUGGCAAGAAGUCUCACUACACGCUCAACGAUAUGGUGAACCUCACGUGUACGUCCCCCCUGUCCCUACCCCCGGCCCAACUGUCGGCCACCAUCAACGGCACCCCAAUCGGCGGCGACGACCACUCGACGGACAACAGGUUUCAGCACCGGAUCUAUUACCAGAAGUACGAGAACAACCUGAGCUCGUCGUCCAUCAACAUCCAGUUCAGCACCAAAUACCUGACCCAUCGGUUGCCCUUCGAGUGCCACUCGACGAUCACUCACCGGCACAACCGGUCCACAGAAGUCAACCUCUGGACCCGACAUAAAAAUCCGCAACAUUUGCACCACAAUAGCGACGAACAUAACGACGCCGAUCUCAAUAUUUUUUAUACUGACGAUAAGCCGAUAGACGAAGACAAUCAAACUCCGGAGGACUCGUCGGAGCCGACAAUCUCCGGUCUGAAGGUGUCGUACGGGGCGUCGGAUGUGGUGAACGUGUCGUGCGUGUCGUCCCGAUAUAAACCAAUGCCAGAACUCAAGUGGUUUAUCAACAAACAAGAAGUGGACCCCAAGUACCUGACCCGCGAGAAACCCAUAUACUAUGGCGACGGCUAUUCACAGACCACAUUGCGAUUGCACUAUAGUUUGCAAACGGCUAUUAAACCGUCAAAGACUAGUAAAUCAAAUAAAAUUGUUGUGAAUUUAAAGUGUGUGGAGAGUCUAACCCAAGUGCUAACCACCGGCAAAGAGACACUUAAUAUUCCCAGUGCUGUCGAACCCAUCUCUGAUAAUACAGUCGGCGCUGGCUGUGAAGCGAUUUAA